AUGGGACCGUGGCCGAAGGAAUCGCAAUGGCCACAUCCUCGCCUCUUCCGUGAUGCUAACGAAUUAUUCAUUACUAAUACAGCAUUUCGAAAACGCGCGCGCGACAUCACGACAUGGACACUCCGACUCAAGGACCACUGCAUCUUUAACCAAAUUGACUACAUCAUCUGCAGCCAACGAACGAAGAAAUUAUGCAGCAACACGCAAUCCUGGGGUGGCACUCUCACACCAUCGGACGACAAGCUCGUCACGCUCGACUUCGAUCUCCGCGCUCUCCGCGAACUCCGCCGACGUCAAGAGCAAGCACGUAGCAGCGAAGCUGAAACGCGCUUGGCGACACAUUUUCUUGCCCAUGCCAGCAGGUAUCGCACCUUGCAUCGACAAAUUCUUGACAAAAACCUUGCUGACCUCCCGCAACAACGGAAAAUUGCGAACCAACACUUGGACAACCACUCUUCACUCUACACUACAGGCUGCGAAAGACUCUUUUGGCUACAUGCCGCUCGCCCACCAUACUAA